GAUAGUUUACAAAUAAAUUAAUAAUCUAAAUUUUAAUUAAAAAUGCUUCUAUCCACAAAGCUAAAUCUUGUUUCAUACGUCAUAACAAGAAAGAAGAAGAUAAUAUUAGGUUUCAUUAUAACGUCAUUUUUCAUUGUGACGUAUAAAACAGUUAAGAGGAAUCAAGAUCAUAUUUAUUCGCUCAUAAACAGUUUUAAAUCGAAAGAAGAUUUUAUUUUCGAUAUCUUCAAUCGAACUGAAAACGAUGACACGAAAGUUUUCUCACUGGACAAUUUUACUUCAUACUUCGAUGAUAUAUCCAACGAAUUGGAAGAGUAUAACUUGCCGCUUUGUCCAGAAAAACCUCCCGGACUAAAAGGCGAUCUCAAAAGGCCGUUUUACUUGGAUUUUGUACCACCGACCUUAGAAAAAAUUUCCAUAGAUAAUCCGAGGUUGUCAAUCGGUGGAAGAUACACUCCAAAGCACUGUCGUCCACGAUACAAACUCGCUAUUAUCAUUCCUUUACGCGGACGCAUACGCCAGCUUCAAGUACUCUUAGCGCAUAUGCACCCAAUAUGGCAGGGACAGCAAUUGGAUUAUACUGUAUACGUUAUGUGGCAGAGCGGGGAACAUCUGUUCAACAAGGCUAAACUAAUGAAUGCUGGAUUUCUGGAGGCGAGUAAAGAUCGAAAAUACAAUUGCUAUGUUUUUCAUGAUGUCGAUAUGCUUCUGGAGAAUGAUGAAUGUCUGUACUGGUGCCCAAGUGAAGACAAUCCUCGCAGUUUGUCGGUUUACGUUGACAAAUUCUACCAUCGUUAUAAAUCCUACAAUAUGAAAUGUAAACCAAGUACUUUUCCGCGGAAUCAAAAGGUUCAAUUGUUCGGAGGAGUAGUCAUGGUUACAAAAUCACAAUUCAUGUCCGCUAACGGUUUUUCGAACAUUUACUGGGGUUGGGGCGGUGAAGAUGACGACUUGUACUUUCGCCUAUGGAAUCAGGAAUAUCACCUUCCUAAUCCUUAUGGGGAAAGUUGUUCAUAUCAUAUGCUUCAACACCGAACAGAAAAAUCAAAUGCAGAAAAUAAAGGGCAUUUUGCAUUGUUGACUCACGCCAUCUCGCGGAUGAAAUACGAGGGAUUAAACACCUUGAGAUACAAACGCGUGUCAACCAAACGGGAACCGCUUUUUACGAAUAUAACCAUAGACGUCGGACAACCAAUGAAACAAUACGUUGACUUCAUGAUGUACAACGCUACUGACGACGAACUAUGUCAUCGCUGGAUGCCGUGGUACUCCAAGCACUACAACUGACAAAGUAGUAUGCCCUAUUAUACGAUAUAAAGGUCUUCAUGCAGUACUGUAUAAUGUCCAGCUCUAUCUCUAAGCCAGAGGACAAUGAGAAAGCGUUUUCAAAUACACGGACACAAAAGUCAAAUGGCAUUUUAAAAUGUCCCAACGAAUUAAACGAGAAUAUCGGUCGGAGACCGAAGACUCACCGAUCGAACUGCUGUUUCGAUUCAUGACUCUAUAGUGACACCGCGUGUCUCAUCACUAAUUAAUCAAUAACUCGCUAAUUAUA